UCGAGAUAGAAUUCUCCUCCUCCCGUCAUUCUCUGCUGCCAGUGAGUCUCCAGAGCUCGACAUGUUUUCGUGAUUUUUUUUCUUUGCCUUGAUAUCCCCUUCAGUCCUUUCUUGGUGGGAGACGAUCCUCCUCGCCGUCCAUUCCUUAGUCGCUCCACCAACCUUUUGCUGUUGCUUUCGCUUUUCCGCAAACGGCCUGUCGCUUGCAGCGCUGCCGCGUUCGACUGUCGCCUACUUGUGCUCCAAUGUGCUCGCCUUUCUUAAUCCAAUCUUGACGAAACAUCACCAUCCAUCUGAUCAUGGCAGCAUACGAGCGUCUGCCCACGUCGGAGAAGACGCCGCCGCCGCCACCGCCCUCGCGGAUAGGGCCCAAGGUACAGGUGGCGCUGUACAUGAUCGCCUGGACAGUGUCCUCCAACUCGACCAUUCUCUUCAACAAAUGGAUCAUUGACAACUCCGGUUUCCGCUAUCCCAUCCUCUUAACCUUCUGGCACCUCUUGUUCGCCGCCAUUGUGACGCAGAUCCUCGCGCGCACGACGACGCUCCUCGACAGCCGCCAUGACCUGCCCAUCAGCCGGCGGUUCUACCUACGCACCAUCCUGCCCAUCGGUCUCGCGUCGUCAGGCUCCCUCGUGCUAGGCAACUUUGUCUACCUCUUCCUGUCCGUGUCCUUUAUCCAGAUGCUCAAGGCGUCAGCACCGGGCAUCGUCCUCCUCGCCUCCUGGCUCUGGGGUCUCGCGAGCCCGUCAUGCGGCCAGAUUGUCAACAUCCUCUGCAUCAUGGUCGGUGUCGCCAUGGCCAGCGCCGGCGCGCUCGACUUUUCAUGGGUCGGCGUCCUCUUUCAGGCUGGCUCGCUCGUCUUUGAGGCUGUGCGCGUCGUCAUGAUCCAGGCUAUGCUCAGCGGCCGCGACAUGGCCAUGGAUCCCCUCGUCGGAUUGUACUACUACGCCCCCGUCUGCGCGGCUAUGAACUUGGCGAUUGCCUGCGUCGUUGAGCUGCCACACUUUGAGAUCCAGGAUCUGGAGAGGGUUGGCUGGCCGCUGCUGCUGCUGAGUGGCGUCGUUGCUUUUAUGCUCAGCUUCACGAGCAUGACUCUCAUUGGGAGGACGUCUGGUCUCGUGACGAAUCUGACGGGUAUCUUUAAGAACAUUCUUCUUGUGGCUUUCUCCACCGUCGUCUGGCACACGCCGCUCUCGACCCUGCAGGUCGUCGGGUACAGCAUCAGCACGAGUAGCAUCCUGUACUACGCCUUUGGGGGCGACGUGGGUUCGGGAGGGUACGAGGCGGCCAAGAACUGGUGGGCGGCAGCGGGCACGGGGGACAGGUUUCUCUUCUCGCCCGAGAAGAACAGACUGCAUUUGAAAGUGUGCAUGGGCGUCGUCAUGGGGUUAUUUGGGCUGUCGAGUUUGUACCUGUUUACUUCGUAUCAUCGAGAGUAACAUCAAUACGAAGUGCUGUGAAGAGAGAAAGGAAAAUUGGUCACUUUCUGGACUCACGAUACCGUGUAGGACGUCUUGAUGUAAAAUGAUACGGACGGUGAUUUAGAUGUACCGGGUAGGUAGACAGCUGCGCAGACGGACGGACUAUGGAGGAGCACGGAAGGAGUGCGAACCGGGGGCUGGCCUGAUGUGAUUCCAAAAGGUGUGUCAAGUGCACUGAAGUAGGUCUUUAUGGCGUGGCGGUUAAUAUAUCAGUCUUGCUGUGAGUGCCUUUGAGGCACUUGGAAAUCAAAUCACGGAAACUG